AUGCAAAUUAGCACCUUUGAGUCUGUGGCUAUGGAGAAGGAUGGCAUGCCCGCUUCAAAUGAGGAAGAGAGCGCUCUCCAUGUGGAGGACAGUCGGUAUCUUGGGAUGUCUCAGUGGGAGGAAGGAAUGUGGGAUCGACGACUGGCUAAAACAGUGUGCAGCAGAGAUACAGAAAUAACCAAAGUUGAAGAUGUCCUGCAGACUAUAAAGUGCCUUGGAGUUGUCCGUGUGAGGGGCAGAAUGUUCAGUGAUGCUGGAGAUGAACUCAUGGUACUCUGUGAAUACCGAGGAAAAGUGACAGAUGCACAGUCUAUUCCCCCUGAAGUUGUUCCAGAGGAAGGAGCAAAAGCCUGGCCAAUCUACACCGUAACAGAGAGCUCAGUAGCAACUGGCGAUGAUUUCAGUACUAAAUUGACGUCCCUGCUUGCAGCUGAGGGAAGAUCCAUGGAGGAUGUGCAGGCUUUGUGCGCAGGGCCAGAGCCAGCCCCCUCUUCUGUGGAGUCCAUACUCCGUGCUGUUGGCGACCUUCUCGACAAGACAGGGAAGCCACCUCCUGAGAGUGGAGGAUACCGGCGCCUGCGUGUUUUCUCUGGAACAGUACCUACUCCAGCUGGAGAAGAGCAGUUUGAACACUGGAUGGAGCAGGCCUACUUGAUGGUGGAGGAGAGUGAUUGCCCACCAAAAGAGAAACGCAGGAGGAUAAUGGAGAGCUUAAAGGGACAGGCACUGGAAGUGGUGAAAGCUGUGCGACUAUCUGACCCAGAUGUCACCCCAGAGAAAUGCUUGGAAGCGCUAGAGAGUGCAUUUGGACUGGCUGAAUCAGGAGACGACUUAUAUUUCUCUUUCCGUCUGCAGCGACAACACCCGGGAGAGAAACUGUCAGAGUUCUUAAGAAGGUUGGAGCGCUGUCUGUCUAAAGUCGUGCAACGAGGUGGUAUUCCCGCAAGCAGUAUGGACAGAGCGAGACUUGAGCAACUGCUUAAAGGGGCAGUAGACGCCGACUUGAUGUUAAUCCAGCUGCGGCUGAGGGAGAAAAAAGACAACCCUCCUACAUUCCUGCAACUGCUGCGCGACAUACGCACAGAAGAGGAAUACGAAGCCUCUAAAGCUAAGCUAAACCAGUCUGUGCGCUCAGUCUACGCCAAACCACAAGCUGAAAGCAACGACAAAACACCAACCAGUCACUGA